AUGCCAUCAAUUUUACCUACCUUAGUCAUUUUCUUCGGUCACUGGUGCAAUGCAAUCUUUGCUGGUAGUAAUAGCUUUGCGCAGGGUAAUUUGGCAGUAUUUUUCAAUGCUACUUCGGCGAAAUCCAGUGAUGACCAUCCUCUCAAGGCCAAUGUACCCAAUUUAUGGUGUCAAGCAAUGUCCAAUCAAACUCAACAAUUAAUACCUAUCAAAGAAGCUCACUUUAUAAGAGAUCUAGACAAGGAAGUUUUCCCAGCGCUUAUUAACAAUCAGACACGGGCAAUUUUAGAAUUUGGCAAUACAUCAGUUUUGAGUGCUGGAAGAUAUCGCUGUGAAAUUACCACCGAAGAAAAUGAAUUAGUGUGGGGAUGGUUAUUUGUAAAUAUGCGCCCAAUCUUUCAUGUGAAUCACUCGAAAAUAUUGGAUGCAGUGGGUGACAAUCAUUUCCGUGUUAGAGCUUCAGUUCUAAGGGUAACGGAAGGCGAAACAGUAACGCUGAGUUGUCCAGUACGAGGCUUUCCGGAACCAACUAUUCAGUGGUAUAAAAAUGAUAUACCUGUUGCAUCGACGGAGCAAAUAACCUUCUUAGAGAGGGAUUUGCAAAUUGCAAAAGUGGAAUUUGAUGAUGAAGGAGUUUAUUCAUGUGUCGCGCAAAAUUCAUUUUCCAUAUUUAUUGAUGGCAAAAAUAUCCUAUGGGAGUCACGGUUGGAUCGUGAACUUAAGGUGAAAAGCUCGUAUAGAUGGAUUUAUCCACUUAUAGUUAUCAUUAUCAUAUUGUUAUUGUUAUUCAUCAUCAUUUAUGCAUGUUCAGCUUUCAAUCGCUACAAAACGUACAAUGUGGAAAAACGCGAAAGACGAAAGAAGCGACAAACAAAUGUUGGUUACAACGAAAAUAUGUCACAACAGCAACCAAUCCUAGGUUAUAAUAACGAAUUGGAUUAA